UAUCACUUCAUCCGGUGUCCGCCAUCUUGACAAGUCGGAAACGUUGUAUGCUACUGUGACUCACCGGCGAGCCGGUUUUUUCGUAAAAUUGCAAGUCUGAAGAAUAUUUAAACCGACUUUGUUUGGUGGGAAGGAACGACCAACACGUUAUCAUGACGCAGAUGCUCCCUAUACGUUUUCAGGAGCACUUACAGCUCCAAAAUGUGGGCAUCAAUGCGGCAAACAUCGGGUUUAGUACUCUUACAAUGGAAUCUGACAAAUUCAUAUGCGUUCGAGAGAAAGUUGGUGAAACUGCACAAGUUGUUAUUAUCGACAUGAAUGAUACCUCAAAUCCUAUCAGAAGGCCAAUUUCUGCUGAUUCUGCGAUUAUGAACCCUGCAAGCAAAGUGAUCGCCUUGAAAGGCACAGCGAAGGCAGGAGACCCUACUGCUGGAAAGACGCUGCAGAUCUUCAAUAUUGAGAUGAAGAGUAAGAUGAAGGCACACACCAUGACUGAAGACGUACUCUUCUGGAAGUGGAUUUCGGUUAACACUGUCGCCAUAGCCACUGAAACUGCCGUUUUCCAUUGGUCCAUGGAAGGUGAUUCCCAGCCACAGAAGAUCUUUGAAAGGCAUUCCAACCUGGCUGGCUGCCAGAUCAUCAACUACAGGACAGACCCCAAACAGCAAUGGCUGCUGCUAGUCGGCAUCUCUGCACAGCAAAACCGUGUGGUGGGUGCAAUGCAGCUGUACUCUGUGGAAAGGAAGGUGAGCCAGCCUAUCGAGGGACACGCUGCUGCAUUCUGCUCACUCAAGGUGGAGAACAAUGCCAACCCCUCCACCAUCUUCUGCUUUGCUGUGAGAGGACCCCAAGGGGGCAAGCUGCACAUAAUUGAGGUGGGACAGCCGCCUGCAGGUAACACACCCUUCACCAAGAAGGCAGUCGAUGUCUUCUUUCCACCAGAGGCUCAGAAUGACUUCCCUGUCGCCAUGCAGGUUAGUCAGAAGCAUGGCGUGAUAUUCCUGAUCACCAAGUACGGCUAUGUUCAUCUGUAUGACAUUGAGAAUGCGUUCUGCAUCUAUAUGAACCGGAUCAGCGGUGACACCAUCUUUGUAACUGCACCGCAUGAUGCCACGUCAGGCAUCAUUGGGGUCAACAGGAAGGGACAGGUGUUGUCAGUGAGUGUGGAGGAGGACAAUAUAGUGCCGUACAUCACCAACACGCUGCAGAACCCUGACCUGGCUCUGAAGGUCGCCUCCCGUAGCAACCUGCCCGGUGCUGAGGAACUCUUCGUCAAAAAGUUCAACAUGCUCUUUGCAAGCGGCAACUACAGCGAGGCAGCCAAAGCAGCUGCUGGUGCCCCGAAGGGUAUCCUGAGAACACCAGCGACCAUUCAGCAGUUCCAGCAGGUGGCAGCACCCCCCGGUCAGACCUCUCCCCUGCUGCAGUACUUUGGCAUCCUGCUGGACAAGGGCCAGCUGAACAAGUACGAGUCCCUGGAGCUGUGCAGGCCGGUCAUACAGCAGGGGCGCAAGCAGCUCAUUGAGAAGUGGCUGAAGGAGGAGAAGCUGGAAUGCAGUGAGGAGCUAGGUGACCUUGUGAAGGUUGCAGACAACACCCUUGCCCUGUCUAUCUACCUACGUGCAAACACCCCGAACAAGGUAAUCCAAUGCUUCGCUGAGACUGGACAGUUCCAGAAGAUCGUACUCUACGCGAAGAAAGUCGGCCACACUCCAGACUACAUCUUCUUGCUGAGGAACAUCAUGCGUAUGAAUCCAGAGCAGGGCCUGCAGUUUGCACAGAUGCUGGUACAGGAGGAUGAGCCUUUGGCGGACCUUAACCAGGUUGUGGAUGUUUUCAUGGAGUCCAACCUGAUUCAGCAGUGCACCUCUUUCUUGCUUGACGCCCUCAAGAACAAUCGGCCUUCUGAGGGCCCUCUACAGACACGCCUCCUUGAGAUGAACCUCAUGUCUGCCCCUCAGGUAGCGGACGCGAUCCUUGGUAACCAGAUGUUCACUCACUAUGACAAGGCCCACAUUGCCCAGCUGUGUGAGAAGGCUGGCCUGUUACAGCGUGCCCUGGAACACUACACGGACCUCUACGAUAUCAAGAGAGCCGUUGUGCACACACACCUGCUCAACCCUGAGUGGCUGGUGAACUAUUUUGGCUCGCUGUCAGUGGAGGACUCCCUGGAGUGCCUCAAGGCCAUGCUGACUGCAAACAUCCGCCAGAACCUGCAGGUGUGCGUGCAGAUUGCAUCCAAGUAUCACGAGCAGCUCACCACCAACUCACUCAUUGAACUGUUCGAGUCAUUCAAGAGCUACGAAGGCCUGUUCUACUUCCUGGGCUCCAUUGUAAACUUCAGCCAGGACCAGGAUGUACACUUCAAGUACAUCCAGGCUGCGUGCAAGACAGGCCAGAUCAAGGAGGUGGAGAGGAUAUGCAGGGAGAGCAACUGCUACGAUCCAGAGAGGGUCAAGAACUUCCUCAAGGAGGCCAAGCUGACAGACCAGUUACCGCUGAUAAUCGUGUGUGACCGGUUUGAUCUGGUGCAUGACCUAGUGCUCUACCUGUACAGGAACAGUCUGCAGAAGUACAUAGAGAUCUAUGUACAAAAGGUGAACCCAUCUCGCCUGCCCAUUGUGAUUGGUGGUCUACUGGACGUGGACUGCUCUGAGGACGUGAUCAAGCAGCUGAUACUGGUCGUCAAGGGACAGUUCUCCACAGAUGAGCUCGUUGCUGAGGUUGAGAAGAGAAAUAGAAUGAAGCUGCUCCUGCCAUGGCUUGAGAUGAGGUCACAUGAGGGCGUUAUUGAGCCAGCCACGCACAAUGCCCUUGCCAAGAUCUAUAUUGACAGCAACAAUAACCCGGAGAGAUUCCUCAAGGAGAACCAGCACUAUGACAGCAAGGUUGUGGGCAAGUAUUGUGAGAAGAGAGACCCCCACCUUGCCUGUGUGGCCUAUGAGAGGGGCCAGUGUGACGCAGAACUCAUCAAGGUGUGCAAUGAGAACUCGCUGUUCAAGAGCCAAGCAAGAUAUUUGGUGCGCAGGCGUGACCCAGAUCUCUGGGCCAUGGUCCUGCAGGAGGACAACGAGUUCAGGCGCCAGCUGAUAGACCAGGUGGUGCAGACUGCGCUGUCCGAGACCCAGGACCCAGAGGACAUCUCUGUGACCGUGAAGGCGUUCAUGACUGCUGACCUGCCCAACGAGCUCAUUGAGCUGCUGGAGAAGAUUGUACUGGACAGCUCAGUCUUCAGUGAGCACAGGAACCUGCAGAACCUGUUGAUUCUGACUGCCAUCAAGGCUGAUCGCACUCGCGUAAUGGAGUACAUCAAUAGACUGGACAACUACGAUGCCCCUGAUAUAGCCAACAUUGCCAUCAGUAAUGAGCUGUAUGAGGAAGCCUUUGCUAUAUUCAAGAAGUUUGAAGUGAACACUUCAGCUAUUCAGGUUCUGAUAGAGCAUGUGAACAACCUAGACAGAGCGUAUGAGUUUGCUGAGCGCUGUAACGAUCCUGCUGUCUGGAGCCAGCUCGGCCGCGCCCAACUCAACAGCAACCUGGUGAAGGAAGCCAUCGACUCAUUCAUCAAGGCCAACGACCCCACACAGUACAUGGAGGUGGUCAGUGUGGCCAGCCGGAGUGACAACUGGGAGGACCUGGUGAAGUAUCUACUGAUGGCCAGGAAGAAGGCACGUGAGACUUUCAUCGAGACUGAGCUUGUCUACGCCUUCGCCAAAACCAACCGCCUUGCUGACCUGGAAGAGUUCAUCUCUGGACCAAACCACGCUAACAUCACACAGGUGGCUGACCGGUGUUUUGAUGACAAGAUGUAUGAGGCGGCCAAGCUGCUGUACAACAAUGUGUCCAACUAUGCGCGCCUCGCCAUCACACUGGUGCACCUUGGGGAGUACCAGGGGGCCGUGGAUGGGGCCCGCAAGGCUAACAGCACCAAGACAUGGAAGGAGGUGUGCUUUGCCUGCGUGAACAAUGAGGAGUUCCGGCUGGCCCAGAUGUGCGGUCUGCAUAUCGUGGUGCACGCUGACGAGCUGGAGGAGCUCAUCAACUACUACCAGGAUCGCGGAUACUUUGAGGAGCUCAUUGCUCUACUGGAGGCAGCAUUAGGGUUAGAACGGGCUCAUAUGGGCAUGUUCACAGAAUUAGCAAUACUCUACUCCAAAUAUAAACCGGAGAAAAUGAGAGAACAUUUAGAACUCUUCUGGUCUAGAGUCAACAUUCCAAAGGUAUUGCGCGCAGCAGAGCAGGCCCACCUCUGGCCAGAGCUAGUGUUCCUGUACGACAAAUACGAGGAGUUUGACAACUCCAUCCUGACGAUGAUGAACCACCCGACGGAGGCGUGGCGCGAGUCCCAGUUCAAGGACAUCAUCACAAAGGUGGCCAACAUCGAGCUGUACUACCGAGCCAUCCAGUUCUACCUGGACUACAAGCCACUCCUGCUGAAUGACAUGCUGAUGGUUCUCACGCCACGACUUGACCACACCCGAGCAGUCACGUUCUUUGACCGUGUCAACCAAAUCCCACUUGUGAAACCAUACCUGCGGGCCGUUCAGAAGAAUAACAACAAGGCAAUUAACGAGGCUCUGAACAAUCUUUUCAUUCUUGAGGAGGAUUACCAGGGACUCCGCGCAUCCAUAGAUGCCUAUGAUAAUUUUGAUAAUAUAACUCUGGCCCAGCGUUUAGAGCGGCACGAGUUGAUAGAGUUCCGUAGAAUAGCAGCGUACCUUUACAAGGGCAACAACAGGUGGAAGCAGUCAGUGGACCUAUGCAAAAAGGAUAAAUUAUUUAAGGAUGCAAUGUUAUACGCGGGUGAGUCAAGAAACAUUGACAUUGCUGAGGACCUCAUAGCCUGGUUCCUGGAGAGCAAGUACCACGAGUGCUUCGGCGCCUGCCUGUUCCAGUGCUAUGACCUCCUGCGACCUGACACAAUCCUUGAGCUAGCGUGGCGCCACAACAUCAUGGACUUUGCCAUGCCGUACAUGAUUCAGGUCGUCAAAGAAUACGUUACAAAGGUGGACAAGUUGGAGCAGUCGGAGAAUGUGAGGACGGAGGAGGAGGAAAAAGCUGUUGAACAACCCAUAGUCUUUGCAGAGCCCCAACUGAUGCUGACAGCUGGACCGGGCAUGGGACCUGUCCCUGGAGUGUAUGGACAACCAGGUUAUGGAGGACCAGCGUACCCCGGACAGCCCUAUGGGUACAGCAUGUAGACCCGGGCCAUAACACCCGCCCCGUCAUGGUCGCUCUCUGCCGCUUGUGAAAGGCUGGUUGCUGUUGCCUUUGAAAAAUGACCUGUUACUAUUUACUAUACUCCUUUUUCUGCGCUUCUUAGCAGAUGAUUGUGACCAUUAUAAACAUUUUUAGUAGCGUUUUAUAAUAAUUUGAGAAUUCGUUGCACUCAUAGAUUAAAUGUUGAAUUUUAUUUGUUAGCGUUGAAAAUACAAUGUGAUUGUGACUAUUGUAUGUUUAUUAGUGUGUUGGUGAAUUGUAAACUCUGCAAUUUGACAUGUAUAAAUGAACAUUUGGAGUAACAUAAAUGUUCAUGUAUGUCAUAAUCAUCUAUUUCAAAGUGGGACCCAUCAGUAGUUGUGCGUUGAUAUUUAUUUUGUUUUAAAAGUGGUUGGUUAGUUACAUUACGAAAGACAUAUAGUUUGUAUGUAAAUGAUGUUGUUAUUAAAUAUUGUCUUUGACUUGGCAAGUAUCGUGUCUGCACGUAUUGUUCACUGUAUUCACAGAGCUGUGUAUGUAUGUAAUGAAUAUAUAUCCUUUAAGAACGUUGUGAGAUGCAAUAGCCAAAACAGUGCUUAAUAUUGUUCAAGUGGUAGAUAUAGGAUAUUAAGUACUGUAAACAUAAUUCAAAUCAAAUGUGUUACUAGGUUAGGUCCAUAUUUGUCAAAUUAAUUGGUAAACUAUGUUCUGUUGAAUACAUUCCUUGAAUUUGUAGUAUGCAUUGUAGACCACACUUUUAUUCAAUAAAUAAAAUAAAAACUUAAUACUAUAGUUAUAUACAGGUCUUUUGCUAGUGAACCUGUUAUAGAGUCACCAGUGAAGUAUUAUUUUGUCUUCUUAACUUCAUAUUGGUUCAUUCAAUUGUUCAGACCACUUGUAUACAGAAUUUAUCCUAAAAUAUAAUCGUUAUCAUAUAGAAUGCAUGGGUUCAUUGUUUUCAGAGUGCUUGUGUUUGUAUCGAAGAUUUUAUUAAUUUAUGGUUGAAUAUUUAUAUUGUAUCGAAAUGGAUGUAUAUAAUUGUUAGAAAGAUGAAAUACAUGUACUCUGUAAUCACAUUAUGUUUUCCUUCCCCAAAUUGCUUGAUUAAAUCACAUUGACUUUUUUAGCCAAUCAAAAGCUGUGUAACUGAAUCACCUGUUUCAUGAAAAUUGCUUAAUCAUCAAAGCAUUAAAAAUUCCACAACAGAAAUAAGGUCACAUAAACGACGUUUCUGGUUUUUCUGGUGGGAUUUUCUAGUAAGAGAUAAACAGAAAAUCCUAAUGUGGAUUGUAGUACACAACUUGUAUUUUCAGUACCCAAUAGAAAUAAAUAUUGAAUAAUU